AUAUCCUUGCAUUGAAAAAUUGCCUCUGUUGUGAGCUGCCUGACAUAAGAGGGACAGAAGAGGCAGAAGUUCGAGGAAGAGCAUAGAAAGAAGAAGAGAGUAGUAUCACAAGCCUUGCCCUAUUAGUUGGGCCUUGAUGUGGCACACAUGUGAAAAGAUAUAGUUAUUGGCAUAUGCUUUCCCCACGACCGAAAACUGGCAAAGAAAUGGCUGGAUGCAUGCAGAAGGAAUGACUUGUGGCAUGGGAGACAAAUAAAACCUUGGCACGCUAUUUGCUCUAUGCAUUUUGAAGCAGAGUGCUUUAACUAUCAUCUUUCAUAUGAGGGCGUGAGGCUUUCAUUGAAAGCUGGUUCAUGUCCGACGCUAAAUGUGCCGAAGUUUGGAAAGGAAAUCAAGAAUCCCAUUUCAUACGAGGAUCACAUAGAAGGGCUGCCAGUGGUUCAGGAGUUCUUGAGAAGAAAACAUGGAUUUCCCAGUAUUGCAGACACAUGUACUGAGCAAACGGGGUGUAAAAGCGAACCACUUUGUGCUGAUCCUCCAGCUACUCAUCCGCAUAGUAUUAACGGCAGUCAUCCUGUGAUUCCUGAUGAAGGUGAUAUACUAUCCAAAACAGAAGGGAUAAGUGAGAUACAGUCCAAAACAGAUGGGACGGCCACUAUCCAGGAAGGGAUGAGUGAUCCUUUCACGGAAAUAGCACAAAACCAAAGACUUCUUGUUGCUUUAUUGGCGGAACUGGUGGCAGACCAGAAGCAGUUGGUGGCAAGCCAAAAGGAGAUGGUGGCAGCGGUAAGGGACGGGGUAAAUGCCAUACGAGAAGCCUUGGAAGUAUUGAAAAAGUAGAAGGCAGGAGUGGAUACACGAGACGGGAAAGACUGCCAUCCGAGUGAUCUGCUGUGAUUGAGAGAGAGAUAAAACUCAUCAAAUAUAUAGGGCCUAGGUAAUGUCACAUACACCUCUCAUUGUUGUGGUAAUCUAUUAUCUAAAACAGUGUAACCUGUGGGUCCUGUUUUGUCAGAGUGAGAAUUGUGGUUAAAAUUCACAUUGCUCCUUCAACUGUUACUUCAGUUAUACCUAUAUAUGUGAGUGCUUUCAGAUUGUUAAUGAAAGCAGCAUUAUCAAAUUGCUUUCUAUAUACCUACUUUAUUGUGAUAUAUCAAGAUUGUGGAUACCAUAUUUUUGUCAUUUCACCUUGCUCAAUAUUUUUAUAUAAUAAAUGAAACAUAUUGUAA